UGCUCCAGCAGCAGGAAAAGUUGGACAAGUUUGUGCGUCCUGAACAUUCUUGGACUUCUCCGACCAAUGUGGCUUCUCGGAUCCCCUUCUCAAGUGAUGAUGGAUGAGCGCAUGUCACCGUCCGCCCGCUCCGUCCAGAGCCCCGGGAACCCGUCCACGGUCCACAGCAUCGAAGCCAUCCUGGGAUUUAGAGAAGAUGCGAUCUUCCACAAGUCCACCUCCUACAACAACAUGACGGACAAGAUGUUGGGCGGUGAUGUGGAGCGAACUGGGAAUGUUAUUGUGACUCCGAGAAGAGACAAGAGUCUGUUUGCAGAAACUUUUGACAAUGUGUGUUGCUCCAGUAGUACAACCACAGAGUCCUCGGUGUGUCCGGACUCACCGGACAGAGAAGGCAAACUGUCCGACGACGAAAACCCCAAGAAGAAACACCGGAGGAACCGGACCACCUUCACCACCUUCCAGCUCCACGAGCUGGAGAGGGCCUUCGAGAAGUCCCACUACCCGGAUGUGUACAGCAGGGAGGAGCUGGCCCUGAAGGUCAACCUGCCGGAGGUCCGAGUCCAGGUGUGGUUCCAGAACAGACGGGCUAAGUGGCGUCGUCAGGAGAAGCUGGAGGUGAGCUCCAUCAAACUCCAGGACACGUCCUCCUGCUCCCCGUCCUCCCUGCUGUCCUUCAGCCGCUCCCCCAGCAGAGGCUCCCUGGGCGGGGGUCUGCAGCUGGACCCCUGGCUCAGCACCCCCAUCACCACCUCCACCUCCCUGCAGUCGCUCCCUGGCUUCAUCAGCGGCUCCCAGGGCCUCCCCGCCGCCUACACCCCUUCUCCUCCUCCUCCUCCUCCUCCGUCCAUGUCGUCGUCCUUACCGGCCUCCUUCCUGGGACACCACAGCCCCCACCUGCCCCACAUCGGCUCCAUGUGCCCCCCGCCCGUGGCCUACCAGUGCUCGGCCGAUCCCAGGAACUCCAGUAUUGCCUCACUGAGGAUGAAGGCCAAGGAACACAUUCAGUCCAUCGGGAAGUCGUGGUGAUGCAGAAGGAGAUCCGAACAAAAAGGACAGACGGGAAUUUCUUCAGAAAAGGAUGCUUCUUUUGACAAACUUAAUUUUUCUACAGACGGAUUGCUUUGGACUUUGAAGUAAAGGGUGCAAACUGCAACAAACAUCUACAAUCCAAAAGAAGUUGUCACCCUGACUGCAGAAGUGGCUGUAGAAUGUGAACGUUUCUGCUGUUUUACUCCUCCAUCUUCAGUUCAGCUCCUUAACUGUAGUCAUCCUUUUCCACUGUUUUUUUUUUUAUUUUUAUCUUUUUUAACAAAUUCAAGUAGAAAACUUCACUCUUUAAUGGAGUAUUCCUCAUUGCAGUAAGUGUGGAUUCAUUCUUUUGUGCUAGAUCCAUGUUUUCAUGAUUAAAAAAAUGUAUGAAAUGUGAAUAUUUUCUAUACACAAUAAACUUUAUAUGUCUAAUCAAUGAGCAA